GUCAAAAUAUUUCUAGGGUUUAUGCGACGACGCGAUGCCGAGAUCGGGAUUUUGGAAGGAUCAGCUGCUCAAGGCGGCGGAGAAGAUGUGCCGCAACCGGAUGAAGAGUAACAGGGCCAGGGUUGUGCUGAAUGGCGAGAAGAUCAUCAUGGGCCGGGCCAAGCGUGGCAUUUUCGCUGGUCGCCACAUCCAGUUUGGGAACAAAGUGAGCGAGAAGGGGGGUAACAAGACUCGGCGGACAUGGAAACCCAACGUUCGGCUCAAGCGUCUCUACAGCUUCAGCCUUGACAGAUUCAUCCGCGUGCACGUCACCACCCACGCCCUCCGCUGCAUCGACAAGGCCGGGGGGCUGGACGAAUACCUCCUCAACAAGCCCGACCACAAGCUCGAGAACGAUCUCUGCCUCUACUGGAAGCGGGAGCUCCAGACCAUGAACAGGUUCCUCUUCAAGCUCCAGUGUGGUAACGUCCCCCCGGAGCUCCACAAGGAGGUCCUCCAUGCCUACGUCUCUCGCAUGGCUUCGCGGCGAGGCCUCGCGCAGACCAAGCCGAUUGUGAUCCAAGAGGCUGAGGCUGCCGCUGCCGCCGCUAGUGCCGAUGCCGCGAUUGACGAAGAACCAUCCGAGCACAGCGAAAGAGAAGAAGAAGAUAGCAGAGGGAAGAAGAAGAAGAGGUUUGUGACGCCCAGGCUCAACAUGGCUGGAGGAGGGAACACGCUCUUCUACGGCAAAUGCAAGAGCAAGCGAGGAGUUCCUGGCAAGAGUGGAACCAAGAGGCGUCUCCGGCAAACCAACAAGUGGGCCUGACAAAAGCUAUCAAAGAACGGAAGAACGAUUGUUGGCCCUUCGAUCAAAAGAGCAGGCUCGAAGACCCAGAUGAAGACCUCGAGCUCCUCUUUAAGACGCUUGGACCUCAACAAAAACGACUGCUUGAGACUUUGCGCUGCGUGAUCCAGUUUUUGGGAAGAAUAGAGGAGAGAGAUUAGGGUUUAGAAGUUCCCGGUAGUUUAGGGCAACGUGUCCUAAACUGAAGAUUAGAUUAUAAA